GCAUAUGGCUGUGAUAGAAGGCCUUAUGGUCUUGUAUGUGAAGGAGGUGGUGACAAGUGAGCGAGUGGUUGCAGCUAUUCAGCGCUUUAAUCCUCAGUUACAUAACGUAGAUGCACCUCAAGAUCACGAAACGGGUCUUUUACUAUGGAUAAGUCAAGCGUGUUCAGCCCUUAUUGUGAAGAUCCAGGCAGAGGAGAUUUUCAGUGAGAAGAACCUACUGCCCGAACUCCCGGCGGCCAAGGAUCUACAGUCGCUGUGCGAUGGUGUUGGAUUAGCUGCAGUCGUAGCUUAUUAUUGUCCGAGCGAACUUAAUUGGAUGGAUAUAAGAGUGUCCAAAAGACCCUCUAUUGGCGAUGCCCGUCAUAAUUUGGCCCUUGUACAUGCUUUCUGUCUUAAGUGUUUACCGUAUCCAAUCUUCCACAUGCAACUGGAAGACGUUAGGAUUAUAAGAGGGAAUAUGAAGCAAAAUUUCGUUGUUUUUUUGGCCGAAAUGUACAACGUUUUGGAAAUCCAUCCCGCUAAAUGUGUGUGCUACCCCGGUGAAAAUAAGGCACAGCAAUAUUUGGAUGCAGCGUGCCCGCGCAAUAGUUAUGGGGUAGUUCAUAAGCGCAGUCUACCACAGUCUGUAACUCCGAUACCCGAUUUGAGAAGCAACCUAUCUGUAUCUGCCCCGGGUUUCACAGUUAUGAAGACAAUUGUGCAGAAUACAGUAAAAAAAUCGCAAUCAAUGCAACAAACUGCAGAAUCUCAUCUAGGUGAUGAAAGGAAAACAAUCAGUGAUGAAUCAUUCGUUUUACAUCGAGGCAAAGGAGUGUCGACAAUAAGUUCGGUUUGUGAUGAAAAAAUGUUAAUAAGAGCGGAGGCUGCUGGUCGGCCAAGUAACUGGGAAGACCAAAGACGGAGUUCUUAUGCCGGUCGAAGAUCAAGACGGAACAGCAUCACCACUGCAGAAGAUUCGCAACUAACUAUUGAAAACUUCGGAGGGUCCCAAGAUAACUUACACAACAUCGGACGCAAUCCCGUUAAAGUAGUAGGCAAACCCGUAUCAAGGCAUCCACGGCUUGUCGCAGAACCUGCACAACCUGCGCGAUCAAGCAUUCAAGAUGCCUAUAGCAGCGGCGUUCAUCUCAUUCUUGCCGACAAUGGUCAUAUGAGUGAAGAUAUCUUUUCGCCUCCUUCGCGACUUAGGCGACAGAAAUCCAAUCCAAAUUUAAGCCAUCAUGUUUCUCUUAAGAAUAUUCUACAUUCCUCAGAGAAUGACAAUAUAGAUGGCGAAACUACAUCACCUGGGAAUAUUGCUACCAAAAUGGCAAGUUUUGCAAAUCUUAGUAAAAGCUCAGAAAAAGGUAUCAAUCUCACAUACACGGAUCAAGAGAAAGAGAAGCAAUAUUCGAAGCAUAGCGUAACAACCAGUAGCAAUCGAAAGUAUGGUCAAAUUAAUGGGAAUGGAUUCAUGGAAAAGAAAACAACAUUCCCAACACUGCCGAAUAUGACUACUUGGCAGCAACAGAGUAAUCAACAGAAUCUGCAUAUUGAGCGACAUUCAGGAGAUGAAAAUAGUGGUAAUGCGGUUAUGGCAACGCAAUUGAAUAAUAUUAGAUUAAAAUUGGAAGAAAGAAAACGACAUAUUGAAAACGAAAAAAGAAGAAUGGAAAUUGUUAUGUCGAAAAGACGUCAAAAAGUAGGAAAAGCUGCAUUUUUACAAGCUGUUACAAAGGGUAAAGUUAAGUCCCCCUCUUCAUCGACAUCUGGUGGAGACAGUCCUGUGGAGUUGGGCCCCCCUACCCCGAUAAAUUCAGAACAGGCUGGGGAAGUGAGCAUUGCCGACGAGUGCUCUCCCUCAUCUAUAGUAGACACCCACCAAUUGCCUCAAGAAAAACCGCAACGACCUUUCUCUUUAAAGGAAAUCAGCGAAGAUGUACGGGAUGUGGAACACAAAUGGUUGGAUCAGGAGAGUGCACCUUUUGUUGAAACUCGACGAACGCCAGAUAUUGAAAAUAUGGAUUAUGAUCAAUAUCAUCAAUCGAUAUCACAAAUGAAUAAUAGCUUGAGCGAAAUUCAGCAAGAUAUUCAACGCUUAGCAAAUCAACAAAAUCAAAUACAACAGCAACAUUUAAUGACACAGCAUCAACAACAAAUGCAACAACAGUUACAACAGCUUCAAAGCCUCAGUCAUCAACAUUUACAUACAUAUGGUCUGCCACUACAAAAUCAAAUAAUUUCGAGAGUACAUGAAUCUCAGCAAUCACAGUUUUAUCUUCAUGAUCAACCACAAGUGCCAAGACGUACAUGGGGUCAACCGCAGCCAAUACAAUUAGGAAAUGAAAUCCCUGCUGUUCCACAUAACCAGUCGAUGAAUAGUCAUUAUGUUCCUCCUUCAGUGUAUCAACAAGAUCCAUCUUUGUAUCAAGAAACUCGAUCAUGGGGAAUGCCCAUCUCUCAACAGAAGGGAUUUGUUUUACAUGACAUAUCAAAAGAGCAGAGAUAUCUUAAUGGUGGAGAAUACAACCUCUCUAGCAAUCAACAUCAUAUGUCUUCAUACCCAGUUGCUCAAUCACUGUUUAAUCAAACUUCAUCUUCUUCAGCUAGUCCGCAGCAUCAUAACGCUGUUCAUCGAAUAAGUCAGUUAAUGAGUGAUGGUUCAGAUACAAAAAGGCAAAAUGUGCAUCAUAUGCCAUUAGCAUGUGAAAGUAUAUUAGAAAAAAGACUAAGCUCUAUGCCUUUAGAAGAAUUGGGACCUCAAAAUAUAUCUUAUUCAGUUAAUGAAGAAGAUUUCAGUCAAGGAAUUCGAAAUUUAAAUAUCAUAUCUGGUAGUCGAACAUAUAGGAUACCUUCACCAACAAGACCGUCAAUAUCGAGGAAUUCAUUUCAGCCUCAUGUAUCAUUGCACGAAACGACGCCAUCGCCAUCUGAUAAUACAUUAGAAAUUGUGCCAUUAGAUACAAACGAUGGAGAAAAGGGAUUUUAUAUUUCAUUUGAUGAUGCACCUAAAAAACCUAAACCAUCAUUAAGACUUAAAAAAGCUUCUCCUAAAAAGGAAAAAAAUAUUUCUACAUAUUUAAACGAAGAUAAUUUUUCGUCGCAAUACGAAGCAUCAUCUACUACUAUAAUCGAUCGUCAACGCCAAAUUAGAGUACAAAGAGAAAAACAAAAAGAAAAUGAAGAACAGGAACAACAGUUGCAGGAAUUAAAGAAUAGAGAGUUACAACAAGAAAUUGUUAUGGAACGACAAAAAGAAAGACAAAAAAAUGAAGGACUUGAUGAUCGUCAAGCAAAUAGUGUUGGUUUAAUCAUAGGAAACCAACUAUCAAAUCCAGAUCCAAAUUCCAUUGAUGAAAUGGAACGAAAGAAAGAGAAAAUAAUGCUUUUGUCUUUGCAACGAAGGCAACAGCAAGAGGAAUUAAAAGAGCAAAAGGAAGCGGAAGCACAAGUUCGUCGAGAGGAAGAAAAAAUAAAAGAGGAAGAAAGAACAAGAAAAAAAGAUGAAGAAAAACAACGAAGAGCAGCUAUUUUAGAGCAAUAUAAAUUAAAAAAAGCUAUAGAAGAAGCAGAGAGAGAAGGUAAAGUUAUCGAUAAAGAAUUAUUGAAUGCUUUAAAACCAACUAAGCUUCGAAAUAAAUUUACACCUGGUCGACCGCGACCGAAAACAAUUCAUGUGGAUGUUGGCACGGAACUAGAUUCGGGCGUUAUGACGCCUAGUAGAGGGAAAAAGGGUUCAUCAUCUAAUCUCAGUACAGCGUCGCUGACAUCGCCAACAAUGAGGAGAGAUUACUACCGAGGUUCUCAGGAUAGCCUUACUACGGCGCAUCUAGAUGACAGACGUUCCAAUUCCCUUUAUCGAGGUGGCAGCCUCAGGGUAUCUUCCAUAGAUUCACCCGAUGAUGGUAGAGGGUCAUCGCCAUCCAGAAGUGGUCACCAAUUAGGACGACGUAGCUCUUAUAAAACGUCACGGGGAGUACGUACACAUGAUGAUGCACAGGAACCUCAGCUACAGGUUAGAGGCAGACCUAAAUACCCAAGUUAUCAAAACUUUAAGGGAAGAAAGUCUAGUUCGUUGAUGAAUUUGUGCGAUACAGAUAGUGGAUUGGGAAGAGCAACGCCCCCUAGAAGAGCACCAAGUCCAGGUGUGGGAAGCAUGAGACAUCUUCCUUCACCAUCCGGACCUGGAUCCUUACCACCAGGUCUCAUGACGAAGCGAAGAGUUUUUGAUGAUGGUAGCAGUGACAUCAGCACUACAGCCAGUUCAAUGAUGGAAUAUAAUGGUCCAAGAUUAUACAAGCAGCCAGCAACAAAGUCAAAUCGAGGUAUUAUGUUGAAUGCUGUGGAAUACUGUGUAUUUCCUGGUACAGUUAAUAAGGAAGCGAAGCAUAGAGUAUUAGAUGAAAUUUCAAGGUCGGAAAGUAAACAUUUCCUCAUUCUUUUUCGUGACGCGGGUUGUCAAUUUCGAGCUCUCUAUUCAUAUUGCCCAGAUCGAGACGAAGUCAACAAAUUAUAUGGAACUGGACCUAAACAGGUCAUAGAUAAAAUGUUUGACAAGUUUUUCAAAUAUAAUUCUGGUGGAAAAUGCUUUUCUCAAGUUCAUACAAAACAUUUGACUGUAACCAUAGACGCCUUUACGAUACAUAAUAGCCUCUGGCAAGGUAAAAAGGUGAAUCUACCGAACAAAAAGGAUAUGGCUCUUGUCAUAUAGUUUCACGUUAAAAACAAGUUAUUAUGCUAUUGUGCCCUUUGUUGUUCAUAGUUACUAUUUUAAUACAAGCCCAUAUUAAAUUAUAACACAGCGUUGCAUUCUUAGUCAGUUUUAUAUUGAAAAAUAUGUAGGCAAAGAAACUGAAAAAUAAUACUUGUCAUUGGUCGAUGCUGACAUCCAGGUAUGAAUGAAUAAUUAUUAGAAUGUGUAUACAUUUUCGUAUGCUAAUUUUUUAAGAAUAUGUUAU